UACCGAUGGACUUGUGGGGUUAAGGAUGAUAUUAGUUAAUUUAGAGGGGGAGUGCCUGGAAUGUUUUGCUAGUAAGCCAGGACCAUAUCUGUAUAUUAGCUUUUACUACUCAAUUAUUUUUCUGGUAGCUUGUGCCAUUCUCAAUUUUGCGAUUUUGUUUAUUUACAAAGUCGUCAAAAAGUCUGUUAAUCAAAAGGGAGAUGGAAGCACUGAUAACCAAACCCGAAUAGAACGAAAUUUGUUAAUUUAUGCUUCGGGUACUUUGUUUGGACAUGCAAUUAUUGCUAUAGUGACGAUAUUUCUCUACGUUUGCCCAACAAGCCAUUCAACGCCAGCACUUUUUUCGAUGUUACCCGUUGUUACGGACAUUGGAACUUCUGGAUUGUCUUCAUGGCUCCUUUUAUUUGUCAGUGAAGAUUUUAGAAAUAAAUUUAUAAAAGAUUGGAAACCUAAAUAUUUUUCUAGAAAUUCUUCGAAUAAUUCGAGUAAUACAUAUUAUUUCCAUUUCUAA